AUGCAAUGGAUUGCUCGAAAUAUCGUAUCAUGGGGUGAGUGGGGCGAAUGUUACACGACAGGAGAUAGUGCACACAGACGAUCAAGGACCAGAUCUGGUUAUAUCCUUGAGUUUGGGUAUUACACCAAUGAUGGCCCUCUGUACCAGCAUUACACUGGACCUUUAGUAGAAGCAGACGAUGAAUCGUGUCCAGAUCCGUGUAAUUUUUCCCCAUGUAAAAAUGGUGGCCAUUGCUCUACUGAUGGAACGGGCUUUAAGUGCACAUGUACUAGCGAAUGGACGGGACCAAUAUGCAUAGAACUCAAUCGAUGCAAUUCUAGUCCUUGUAUGAAUAAUGGGACGUGUUUCGACAAAGGUUCAGAAAAGGACAUAAAAUGUAUAUGUCAUCCUGGGUGGAUUGGGCCUAAAUGCCAAAGACGGGAUGCCUGUAUGUCAAAUCCAUGUAAAAACAACGGAACCUGCGACAAUCUAAGAUCUGGAGAAUUUAAAUGUUCGUGUUCGCCAAAAUGGAGUGGACCAACUUGUUCCAUUUUUGAGAAAGUAGGAUGCUCGUCUGAACCAUGCAAGAAUAGUGGACAAUGUACUGACACAGAACAAGGUUACAUAUGCUCAUGUGGGUCGGAGUGGACGGGUAAAACGUGUGAAACAAAAAUUCAAACUAAUCAGUGCUCUACAAAUCCAUGCAAGAAUAGUGGACAAUGUACUGACACAGACCAAGGCUACAUAUGCUCAUGUGGGUCGGAGUGGACGGGUAAAACGUGUGAAACAAAAAUUCAAACUAAUCAAUGCUCUACAAAUCCAUGUGAAAAUGGGGGUACUUGUAUAAUUUCCAAAUCAAAAGAAAAAUGUAAAUGUAAACCUGGCUGGAGUGGCAGAAAAUGCGGAGCAAAAGUUGGAAAUUGUUCGCCAAAUCCGUGUAAAAAUAAAGGUGUGUGUACAACCGUCGGAAAUAAAUUCAGCUGCAAAUGCAGAUCACACUUUACCGGAAGUACGUGUGCAAUUAGAACGGAUCAUUGCAUACCAAAUCCAUGUAAAAAUAGGGGAGUGUGUUCGGACAACAGAAAAGGAGGAACCCUUUGUACGUGCAUGUCUGGAUGGAGUGGAAACACAUGUGAAAUAUGCAUGCCAAACGCAUGUAAAAAUGGUGGCACGUGCAAGAUGGCAGUGUCAGGCUCUGGAGUAGAUUGCGACUGCACAUCAGACUGGGAAGGGACUACAUGCGACAUCCGUAGGAAACAAGAUACUCCGAAUAUUGUUCUCGUUAUAUCUGGUGCGCUGGGGUACAAUGACGUAGGCUUCAGGAAUCCCAAGUUUGUAACACCUGUCAUAGAUGCCUUGGCAAAAGAAGGAAUACGAUUGGAUAAUUAUUAUGUAGACUCGUUUUCAACUGCUUUUAGAGCAAGUCUGAUAACAGGAACAUAUUUCCCAAAUACUGGUGCAAUGGCAUCCAUACCUAAUGCCGUAGACAAUUGUAUUCCCCACGAUGAACUUAAUCUGGCUGAGAGGUUACAACGUGUUGGUUACUCUACGUCUUUCAUUGGUAAAUGGCAUAUGGGAUAUUCAAGGACGUCUUGUUUACCUAGAAAUAGAGGAUUUGAUUACUUCUAUGGUAGUUAUGGACCAUGGAAAAACCAGAUUAACCAUACAUUCACUGCAUGCACACGACGAGGCAAUGAGACAACUUCGGGAAUGCCUUGUUGCUUAAACAGGAGUGACAAAUUUAGAAAAUGUGUGAAAAAUUGUUGGGAUAAAAAGAAUAACGUUCAAGGGUUCGAUCUGAUUGAAAAUGAAACACCAGCAGUUAAUGACCAAGGUAUCUUUGGAACAGAUUUGAUAACAGAAAAGGCCAUAUAUAGGAUCGGAAUUCACAAUCCAAAAAAGCGUUUGUUUCUAACAGUGGCUUACCAGACACAUUUUCCUGCACCAACAGAAAAUUAUCGUAAUAAAAUAACAAACAUCACUGACGGUAAACUGGGUCCACUCAAUUCUCCGAGGAAGGAUGUCGCAGCCAUGGUUAAUGCAGUAGAUACAGGCUUGGGAAGAAUCAUAGAUAAACUCAAACAAGCUGGUCUAUGGGGAAACACAGUACUCCUAUUCACGUCUGGUCAAGGUGGACACAGAAGAAAAAAUAACAAUUGGCCAUUGAGGGGAACAACGCAUACUUACUUCGAAGGUGGAAUUAGGGGAUUAGGAAUAUUAGCCGGUCCUGUCACUAUAGGAACAAACGCUACAGAUGCCCCUGUGUACAAUGAACAGCUUUAUCAUAUGACAGACUGGUACAAGACAUUUCUUAAACUUGCCGGUGCAGAUAUAGGUACCUCUGGUGCUGACUCGUAUGAUAUCUGGAAUUCAGUCCGUUUUGGUACGGAGAGUCCUAGAACAGAAAUUUUACACGCCUUAAACAUAGAAAUGCCAAGACUUGGAAGCCCUUUGUACUCGAAUACUUUUGACAGCUCGGUUCAAGCUACGAUCAGGAUGGGAGACUAUAAACUGUUUACUGGAAGGAUCAGUGGUACUGGCGGUUUCAGUGGCUGGGUUGCUCCCGCAGAAUACCCGGAACUUGUAACUAUAGAGCCAGAUCUUAAAGACACAAGCAAUGUACAUCUGUAUAAUAUUAAGGAUGACCCGAUGGAGAAGAUAGAUCUUAGUGCAGUGAUGCCAGAUAAGGUCAGGGAAAUGCUAAAUAGGCUACAGGAGCUACAACCAAUGACUAAACGUGAACCAUAUACGUGUCCCGACCCUGCUGGGGCACCUGUUCUUGUGAGUACGGAGGAAGAUAUGUAUAGCUGGCUCUCAUGGGUUGAUGAUUUGAUUGUUAGCUAA